CAAAUUCAUUUAGGACCUUCAGAAUUCUGAAAUGUAGAUCGUCUUGAAACAUAUGUAAGUUUGUUAACUACGUGAUAACCUAUGGCGUUUUUAUCUCUUGAAAACUCUGUUCGGUCCUCAAAUCUCCUAAACCCAGCUUCUAGUUUUGUAUGUAUCCAGCGAUUUGUUCCUUCGGUUCUGAAUUUAACAAACAUCUCUAGUAGCAUUCUAUGAUGCAAGGGUACAAAACAAAAACAAAAAAUCCUUCUACAGUUCUGUGUCACACAUUACCCAAUACCCAGGCUAAGAACCUCGAAAGAAUCUAAAACAUGGGAUUUUUGUUGAUGAUUUGGAUGGAAUUACUUUCUUCAAAGUAGCGCCCAUGUUUGAUUCGUCACUUACAAUUCAAGCUGUUUCCUCCACAAGCUGCCUUGCGAAGGAGUGAACGUAAGAAAUUCUUUGCUCCACUGCAGGGUCAAUUCUUUGUGCAUAUUUGCUUGAAGAACAAACUAUAGAAUGGAUUUUAUAUAGCAGAAAAAGCAUGAUCAGUAAAGAGCUAUCCAUCAUCUUAACACUAUGAAUAUGAUAGCCGAAUUACUAUUGAGGGUAGUCUGUUUUGUAGCAGCAGCACUGAUACCACUUGUGAGCUUAAGUCUUAUCAAGGGAUGUUCUUGGACAUGGUCAUGGACCUCAUGCUCAUGGUCAUGGUCAAGUUCAUGGCGCCUACCAUUUGUGACUCUCUCCCUUAAUGAUUCUGCUCUAGGAAGACUGCUCUCUUGCUUCAAUAGCCACAGACACAGAGUACUAUGCGAGUUAGUCGAUGACUCUUAUCCUCCUGCUGAUCAGGAACAAGAACCUUGUGAAGUGACUGAAGAAGAUUUGAAAGUAUUGGUCUCUCAUAUUGAGGAGACUGAUGGCGGUCCACCUUGGAAUCUCAUGAUGGAGCAGUCUAUUCCUUCCUUGACAUACAAAGCUUGGUAUCGCGAUCCACCGUUAGGCCCAACACAGUACCGUACUAAAACAGUUUUCGAAAAUGUAUCACCAGAGGUAUUGAGGGAUUUCUUCUGGGAUGAUGAAUUCAGACCCAGGUGGGAUAAGACGCUCAUUCACACCAAGGUUCUAAGCAUUUGCCUCCAAACUGGUACCCUGAUUGUUCAUUGGAUUAGAAAGCUACCACUAUUCUGCAGCAAUCGAGAAUAUAUCAUAAUCCGUCGCAUUUUUGAAUCUGCAUCAAGGUAUUAUUGCGUGACAAAGGCAACACCAUAUCCAUCCAUACCAAGGCUAAGAAAACCAAAACGAGUAGAUGUCUAUCAUUCAAGUUGGCAUAUAAGACCAGUGAAACCCAGGAAUGCAGAUCAGCAAAUGGGAUCAGAAGUGCAUCUAUUUCACUACGAAGACAUAUGUCUCCCAAGAGAGGUUGUCAAAAUGGGCGUCAGGGCAGGAAUGUGGAACAUGGUAAAGAAACUACAUUUAGGAGUUCAGGUUUACAGUAUGGAAAAAGCAAAUGAUGAAUCUCCUUCAUACCAUGCACUUAUGGCACGCAUAACUACAAAGCUUCCGGCUUCACCAUCCACAAUCAUGUAUCACAUCCCAGAAGUUGAAGCAGAUGAGAAUGCAUGCCAGAGCCAAAACCCACAAGAACAAGUAACAGAGUUCAUAGUUCAGUAAAUGCAAAAUAGAAAAUAAGAAGUCGCUAGCUCCCUCAGAACUUGUAAAACUUGUCUUCAACAUUAUAUUUUCAGACAAGGCUGAAACUUAUAUAGUAGAGUGUUCAUCACUGGGAGCCAGAAGCUUUGUAUCAAAACAUGUUAUUUGAUUAUGUAGACUUAGACCAAUCAAAAUUAGAAAGCACAAACACAUCGAAUCUAGAUUUUUCCAGUGAAAAGAAACCACACCACAUAAAUUAGAAUAAGCAUCAGACUUUGUGCACAGAGAAGAACUAAGAAUCAGAAAAAUGGAUUGGAAGCUAAGCAAACAUAGGUAUCAAGUAAAGCAAAGAAUUUUGUAGAACUUGGCCUUUUCAGUAUCAGGGCGGCCGCGAGCUGCCUGUUCCCAUAUAAAUAUCACCACCUUUUUAUAGACCUAAAAUCUUAAACCUCUUUUUGACGAUCGACAUAAACCCUAAAGAAUGACUUGCAUCAACCUAUAGUAGAGUGACAGCUGGUCUUUACUAAUCCACAUCAGAUGAUGUUUUGCAAUUUAAUUUUUAACCAUCACCGAGUAAAAAUUUUCAGAGAGGAACAAACCUUCAAAGAGGACAAGUCGAAUCAGCCCUUGCCCCUAACCUCUAAUGUUGCAUUUUGAGAUGGAUAAUUCUAUUUACAGGACG